AUGUCAGAAUCUAUAAUGUUUAAUUAUAAAGCUCAGAACCCCCUUGAAAAGCGAAAAGCUGAAUGUGAGAGUAUUAUGAAGAGCUGGCCUGAUAGGAUCCCCAUAAUUCUUGAAAAAGACCCCAGAUCUCAGCUUGAAAGUAUUCAAAAAUUCAAAUUUCUUUGUCCGUAUGACUAUACUGUCCAAAAGUUUUUGACUUCAAUAAGACUUAAAGUGAACCUUCCCAAAGAUGUAGCUUUAUUUUUAUUUGUCAACGGGAUUGAUCUAAUGACAGGUGACUCCACAAUGAAAGAAAUUUAUGAACGAAAAAAAGACGAAGAUGGGUUUAUCUAUCUAAACUAUUCCGAUCACCCUGUUCUGGGAGGAUAA